GAUGGCACUGAAAGAGGAGUGUGAAGUACUGAAUGAAAUGGAAGAGAAAGAACAGUAUGAUAAACACUGUGAUGUCAUAACUGGAGAAAAAUAUUUUAGUUGCUCACAGACUGAAAAAACUUCCUCACGAAAAAGGGCUCAGAAGACAGGGACUAAAAAUUAUUUAACCUGCUUUCAGUGUGGAAAGUGUUUCAAUCAACAUGGAAAGCUUAAAAUUCACGUGAGAGUUCACACUGGAGAGAAGCCUUACACAUGCCCUCGGUGUGGAAAGAGUUUUGAUCUACUUAGAAAGCUUAAAGUCCACAUGGCAAUUCACACAGGAGAGAGCCCUUUUACAUGCCAACAGUGUGGAAAAAGUUUCAAACAAAAAGAAAACCUUAAUAACCACAUGAGAAUUCACACAGGAGAGAAGCCUUACACAUGCCCUCUGUGUGAAAAGAGUUUCAAUCAAGAUGGAAACCUUAAAGCCCACAUGAGAAUUCAUUCUGGGGAGAAGCCUUACACAUGCCCUCAGUGUGGAAAGAGAUUUGAUCUACAUGGAAACCUUAAAGUCCACAUGAGAAUUCAUACUGGAGAGAACCCUUUCCCCUGCCAACAGUGUGGAACAAGUUUCACUCAAAAAGGACACCUUAACACCCAUAUGAGAAUUCAUUCUGGGGAGAAGCCUUACACAUGCCCUCAGUGUGGAAGGAGUUUUGAUCUACAAGGAAACCUUAACGUCCAUAUGAGAAUUAAUACUGGAGAGAACCCUUUCACCUGCCAACAGUGUGGAAAAAGUUUCACUCAAAAAGGAAGCUUUAACAGGCACAUGAGAAUUCACACUGGAGAGAAGCCAUUUACCUGCCAACAGUGUGGAAAAUGUUUCACCCGAAGAGGAAUUCUUAAUGACCACAUGAGAAUUCACACCUGAGAAAG